AAAACAAAGUAAUUCAACGCCGCCGCUUUAUUGAGAUUUCGAGUGAAACUUCUAGUAAAUAACAGUGUGCAUUUUUUGUGGAAUUGUGAAAUUGUUGGUGCGGCGACAUCAGGCAUUGAUCGGAAAGCAAAUAAGCACAAUGGGCCUAUUAAGCGAGGGCAAUCCACUGUCGUGGGAGGAGACCAAAAAGCUGGCGGAUCAUGUACGCGAGCAUGGCAUCAAUCAGUUCAUAAAUCUGUAUCACAGGCUCAAGGAUCGCCAGGGCGACAUACUCAAAUGGGGUGACGAGGUCGAGUACAUCAUAGUCAAGUUCGAUGAUGAGAAGCAGGUGGCGCGUGUUGCGCUCCGCGCCAAUGAUCUGCUGGCCAAGCUCAACGAGAAGGAGCUUGCCGAUCCCAAUGGCGUUAAAUCGCUGUGGCGUCCCGAAUAUGGCGCCUACAUGAUCGAGGGCACACCGGGCAAACCCUUUGGCGGCCUAAUGGCCCACUUCAAUUUGGUCGAGGCAAAUAUGCGCUAUCGACGCGAGGAGGUCACCGAGCUGCUGGCCAGCGAUGAGUGUGUGAUGUCGAUAACAAACUUUCCCCGUCUCGGUGCGCCCAAUUUUACGUAUCCGUUGCAUCAGCCACGUCCCGAUGAUCUGCUGAGUGCGGCCCGAUCCCUGUACUUCCCGGACGAGGCCAUCUUUCCGGGCCAUCCACGCUUCAAGACGCUCACGCGUAACAUUCGCAUGCGACGCGGCGAGAAGGUCUCCAUCAAACUUAAGGUAUUCAAAGAUGUGAACACAAAGCUGCCCGUUGAGGGUGCACCGCCUGGCGAACCGGAUGUGGUGCUGCUGGAUGCGAUGGGCUUUGGCAUGGGUUGCUGCUGCCUCCAGCUGACCUUUCAGGCAUGCAACAUUACGGAGGCACGUCGCCUCUACGAUCAACUGGCACCGCUCUGUCCAAUCAUGUUGGCACUGACCGCCGCCUCGCCGGUUUAUCGCGGCUAUCUAACCGAAUCGGAUUGCCGCUGGAAUGUGAUUAGCUCGUCGGUGGACUGUCGUACACCCGAGGAGCGCGGCCUGGAGCCGCUCAGUGAGAAUAAGUUUCGUAUUGCGAAAUCACGAUACGAUUCGAUCGAUUCGUAUCUGUCGCCCGAGGGCGCCAAAUAUAACGAUGUGAAACUGACGUACGAUGAACAUGUCUAUCAGCGUCUAAUCGAGGGAGGCAUCGAUCAUCUGCUUGCGCAGCAUGUGGCCCAUUUGUUUAUAAGGGACACGGUGUCGCUGUUUAGCGAGAAGGUGCAUCAGAAUGAUAACGAGGAUACCGAUCAUUUUGAGAACAUUCAGUCGACCAAUUGGCAAACGAUGCGCUUCAAGCCGCCGCCACCAAAUAGCUCAAUUGGCUGGCGUGUCGAGUUUCGUCCGUGCGAGGCGCAAAUUUCUGAUUUUGAGAAUGCGGCAAUUGUCUGUUUUGUGGUGCUGCUCACCCGUGUCAUUCUCUCGUAUCAACUCAAUUUCCUUACGCCCAUCAGCAAGGUGGAUGAAAAUAUGCAGACGGCCCAGAAGCGUGACGCGUGCCGCAAGGAGAAGUUCUGGUUCCGCAAAUCAUCCAAGUCGACGGAACAGCGUGCGGCUCGUGCCCAAAUGAAUGGCGGCUUGGCAGCCACAACAAAUUGCCAAAGCCAUGGAACCGAUGAGCAGCCACUCGCCAAUGGCACCGCCAAGCUAAAUGGUCAUGCCAAUGGACUCAAUUGCAAUGGUAACAAUGCCAACGGCAAUGGCAACGGCAAUGGCAAUGGCAGCGAUAUACACAAUGGCACCGAUAGCGAUCACACCGAUACGGAUGAUGAGGAGAACGAAAUGUUCCAGUUGCUCUCCAUCAAUGAGAUCUUCAAUGGCAAGCCUGGCGUAUUUCCUGGCCUGGUGCCACUAAUACGCAGUUAUCUGCAAUCCAUGGAGGUGGACACGGACACGCACUGCACGAUUGAACAGUAUCUGCGCUUCAUACAGAAGCGCGCUGCCGGUGAGCUAAUAACAACGGCCACCUGGAUACGCGAACAGGUGCUCAGCCAUCCGGAUUACAAAAAAGAUUCGGUGGUCAGUGAUCGCAUUAACUAUGAUCUGCUCAAGUGCAUCAAGGCCAUGCAGGAGGGCAAGCAUAUUGAGCCAGCGCUGCUUGGCCAGGGCAAUCAUUCCAAGACGAAAGAUUUCAUUCCGCCCGCCCUGCAGAAGCAGCUGGCCGAGAAUUGCUGCUGCGAGGACAAAUGAUCGCGCUGAAUCAAUCAAUCGCAACUCGCAACUGCAACUUCAACAAAACAACAACAUAACAUACAUACAACAU